AUGGCGGACAAAACGGAUUACAAUGAUCUGCUGCGCAAGAUAUCAAACAGCCUUGAGAAUGCCCUCGAGACAUUUGGGCCCUCUUCGAGACAAUAUCAAGCCAUCCUCAACAUUCUAAAAGAAUGCCUGCAGGAUAUUGAGAAUCAGAAACAAACUAUGAAUCAGGAGGAUGUUGUCGACUCGGACAUUCUCAGCGCCGCCAUGGGAUUUUUGAAGAUCGGAGAAUAG